AUGGUCUCCACUAAGAAUCAAAAUAACAAAGAUGAACAUUUGAAAAAAAUGCAUUCUUCUCAUAAUAAUGAUCCAAUAAGAUUGGAAAUGUUAAAACGUCAAUUUAUCUUAGAUUGUAUUGCUGUACGCAAAAUUUGCGAUGAUUAUUCAAAAGCUAAUCCAAAAUAUGGUUCAGUGAUACCACCAUAUAAUGGACAAUUAGAUCCAUAUGCUAAAUCUUACUUUGAAUCAUUGAACAUACAAAAAUUAUUGAAAAAAACUGGUCAGGCACCGCCGGGAACAUCAAUUGAAGGUGAAUUAGCUGACAGAUUUAUCUUAAACAGUGCACCAGCUGAUUAUAUUCGACGACGUAAUCAACAUGGUUGUGGUUAUUCAAAAGAAACAUGGAAUGGACAUUAA